AUGAUGGCGAAUAAUGAAAAUAAAAUAUAUUUCGAUGAUAAUAUAAAUCAAAUAAGAAUAAUUGAUAUUCGUAAAUAUUUAAAAGAACAUCCAUUAUUAUCAAAAGUUGUUGGUGAAAAUGAAAUAUUAUUUGAAUGUGGUUCAGUAGCUCCUUCACCAUCAAAAGAUUAUGGACAAAUAGAAAUUAAUUUUGAUGAAGUUAUACUUCGAUGGUGGAAAAUAACUCUUCGAAAUAUUGAAGGUUCAAUAUAUCCAUGUCAAUUAAUAAAUUCUUAUCAAGACUUUUAUUAUGAUGAUAUAGCUCAUCGUGAAAUAGUUCGAAUAUUUGGAAAAAAUAUUCUUGAUUAUUGUUUAAAUAUAAUAUCUGGUAAUAUUGAUUGGUUUAAAUAUUUACCAUUAAAUAUUAAAAUAAAAAUAUUUUCAUAUGUUAAUAUUGAUGAUAUUCCACAUAUAUCUCUUGUAUCAAAAUUAUUUCGUUCAAUAUCUCGUCAUAAUGAUCUUUGGAAAAUCUAUUAUAUACGUCAACAUGGUUAUAAAAUUUUAAAAAAUAAUUAUUUUAUACAUUUAGCUCAAUUAUAUGGUUGGCGUCGUCUUUUUUUUACUAAUAGAUUAAAAUUACAAAUGGAAUUACGUCGACAAGCUUUAUCACAAAUUUAUCAUCAACAACAUAAAUUAGAUUUCGAUAAUAUACGACAACAUCGAAUACAAUUUAAAACAAAUUCAUCAACAAUACAAACUGAAGAACAAGAAGAAAAAGAACAAAAAUAA